AUGAGUGUUCUCUUAGUUGGCGCUGUCACUGCUCUUGUUAUCAUUGACAAAUUAUGGGCGAAAUUUCAAACAAGUCCAACAUUAACAGGCGAGAAAUUUGAAAUUAAAUUAAAUUUCAUUUUAUUUCUGAUAUUUUCGAGUACUUUUGAUUGCUUUCUGUCUUUCUUAAAAGGUUUGGAUACUGAUUUACGUAGUAAGGAAAUGUUGUUUCCAACAGUGGCGGUUUGCCCUGCUGAUCCUUUCGAUAUGGAUUUUAAUAAUAACACAACGAAUGUCAAUGAUGAUGACUAUGCUGACAACAUUCCACUAUUGAGAGCGUUAUCAAAGUUCUCUUAUGGACACAUAAAUGAAAUCAACAAUGUCAUUAAAGACCUCAGCGAUGAAAUUAACAUCGAUGAAAAGAAAUUUACAUUACGACAAUUGAUUUUCAAAAUUGCCGUGAGCUGCGAAAAUCUUUUUUACAAUUGUCAUUUUCGCGGUCAAAAUGUUUCGUGCUGUGAUGUUUUCGAACCAACUUUCACUGAACGAGGCUUUUGUUAUGCAUUUAAUCCAAGAUAUUAUGGAACUGCUGAUGAAGAAAUCAGAUAUGAAAAUCUCAAUUACCUUAAAGAAACUGACACACAAUGGUCGGUAAAAAUUGAUUUAAAUGCUGCUUCAAAUGUCUAUUUAUACUCGCAUGAUGAAGUGUCGAGCUAUGAAAUUCCACCGCAAUUCUUUUGGGAGAAAGGAAUCAAUCUUAAUCUUCAAAUUACAAUGAAACAAACUUACACAACUGAUGAUGCUAAACAGUUAUCAAAAGGGCAACGAAAAUGCGUCAUUCAUGGUGAAGUUGAGGUUUCUUAUCAUAACAACGACGUUUAUUCAAUGUCAAUGUGCAACAAACAAUGUCGCAUGCAAAAAGCUUUCAACUACUGCAAAUGCAUUCCUCCAUUCUAUGCACCUUUCAAUAGAAAGCAUCGAUAUUGUGGCAUAAGUGACAUUGCAUGUUUAGCAGAACACGAGAGAAAAAUAUCAGAUAUCAAAGAUGAUUGUGGUUUGAUGUGUGAAUUGAGUUGUCUCUAUACCCUUUAUGAUGUUUCAAAGCUUUUGGUUAAAAAACCAGAAUCAAACUCAACAAAAGAAUUCGUUGAUAAUUUUAAAUCCGGAAUUUCAAUUGAGCUGUUCACAUGGCCAAUAUUUCGAUUUAAACGAGAAGUUAUCUUUGGAUGGGCUGAUUUGUUGGUUUCAUUCGGUGGAGUUGCUGGUUUGUGUUUGGGAUUUUCGCUUCUAUCUGGUGUGGAAAUAUUUUAUUAUUUUACAAUGAGAGCAAGUUGCAUGUUUUUGAAAAACAAAGAUAAGUUGAAAGAAUUGCAGAAAGAAAGAGAUUCACGUCCAAUUACUGCUUAUGAUUUAGGAAUUAAACUCCGAACAAUUGAAAAUAAAACUAAAAAUUUUAAUUCGGAAGUGAAAUUGGUAAAACCUGCAGAAAAACAGGAAACACGUGAUGGCGUUUUUCAAUUCGUUCUUUAAAUCACUUUCAUUGCAAAUUGCUGAAUUAAAAUUGUGAACUUAUUAACUAAGAAAAUGAAAU